GCUGGACUGCUGGGCCGUCCGGCAGCUGGGCAGGGGUCCCGCGCGAGUGUUGGACUGCAGCCGGCCCUGUAAAUAGCAGCCAUGAGGCUCUGCGGCACAGUGUCCUCGCAGGCCGGUGGCCGUCAGGACAGCCCCCUCGCCUAGUGUGCCCAGGUCAGUGACCUGCCUGUCUCGUGAUGAAGAGGGACCUGGCUCUCGCGGGCACGCUGGUCGGCCUGGCCUUGCUGCUGCUGCUGCCGCCUGGAUGUCCUCAGCAGACUGUGGACGACGCCUGCUCCGUGCAGAUCCUCGUCCCAGGCCUCAAAGGGGACAUGGGAGAGAAGGGAGACAAAGGCGCCCCGGGAAGGCCUGGAAGAGUCGGCCCUACGGGAGAAAAAGGAGACAUGGGGGACAAAGGACAGAAGGGCAGUGUGGGUCGCCAUGGAAAGAUCGGUCCCAUUGGCGCUAAAGGUGAAAAAGGAGAUUCUGGUGAUAUGGGACCCCCUGGCCCUAACGGAGAGCCAGGUAUCCCCUGUGAGUGCAGCCAGCUGAGGAAGGCCAUCGGCGAGAUGGACAACCAGGUCACCCAGCUGACGACCGAGUUAAAAUUCAUAAAAAAUGCCCUGCCCUCCCCUGCAGCUGUCGCUGGCGUGCGGGAGACAGAGAGCAAGAUCUACCUGCUGGUGAAGGAGGAGAAGAGGUACGCGGACGCCCAGCUGUCCUGCCAGGGCAGGGGGGGCACGCUGAGCAUGCCCAAGGACGAGGCCGCCAACGGCCUCAUGGCCGCCUACCUGGCCCAGGCGGGCCUGGCCCGCGUCUUCAUCGGCAUCAACGACCUGGAGAGGGAGGGCGCCUUCGUGUACUCGGACCGCUCCCCCAUGCAGACCUUCAACAAGUGGCGCAGCGGCGAGCCCAACAACGCCUACGACGAGGAGGACUGCGUGGAGAUGGUGGCCUCGGGGGGCUGGAACGACGUGGCCUGCCACAUCACCAUGUACUUCAUGUGCGAGUUCGACAAGGAGAGCGUCUGAGGCGCCUGGCACCCGGUCCGUGGCGGCCCGCUGCAUGCCAGGGUCCCUUCUGCCAGUGCGCGCCGCCCGGGAGUGCAGGGGCUCGCUGGCUCGGGGUGUCUGAGCCUCAGAAAAGAGUGACAGAAGGUGUCCAGGUCUGUAGGAAGCUGCCUGAGCGGCCCCCUCACGGGCACCACAGGGUGAGACCCAGAGCCCUUGCCUUGGUCCAGUGGUAAGCGCCAUCCUUAAACGUCACAGUAGGUAGGUGCUGGGGGUGGCGGUGGGUCUGGAAUGACUGUAGGCCUUUAAGUCCUGUGUGGAAGGGAACCCGCUUGCCAGGGGCCAGGGUUUGCCUAAGUUAGACUGAAAUGUAGGUUCCUUUGCGCUGUUACCCAGGUAGAAACCAUUUUGCUUUGCUUCAAACCACCCGAUUUCAGGAAAAUAAAGACGGAUUCUCCAGA